AUGGAACCACUAGGUACUUUUGGAGCUAGUUAUUUGCUAGAGGCUGAAAUAGAUUACGAGUUGAGUCUCCGAAAUUGUAGUGUAACCAAGACUGCAAAAGAAAAGAAAACUAUUUUAUCAAGGUUGCUAGCUAGGGAACGCGAUAAUAGAAAAUCUUUGCUUGUAGAAGGCGCGUAUAAGUACGAUUUUAACACUGAAAAAGCUGCAAUAGAAAAAUCUUUAAGUUCUAUUGUAGAUCUUAUCGCUCUUUUUGAAGGAACUACUAGAGACCCGCUUUUCGCUCGAAUUAGAUCACGCCUUAACCAAGUUUCUGGUCGCGUUAUUCGCCUUCCCGUUAAAGAUUAUGACCCAGUUGGCACUGAACCAAGAGUUCGGAGUGCUGAAGUUGUAGCUUAUCGACAAGAUACUUACGCUACGUGUCUCCAAUUGGAAGCAGAGGUGCUAGAGAAAGCUGAAACUCAAAGAUGUCCAUCACCUUUACCUCAAUCUUUUCAAGUUCCUCCAUCUUUCAAUAUGAAUAGAGGCAAACGUCGAAAGAUACAUAUUGACAAUUGGAAGCAGAAUGUCAGAAAACGUAGGAGAGAUAGUGGAGACCCUUACGUUUCGUCUAGGAACGUCCCUAAAGAAGCCUUAAAACGCCAAGAAGAAAUUCGUAUUAAAGGCACUGAACAUAUAAUCUGCAGACAGGCAUUCUGUUCAAUCCAUGGAAUUACCAGACACCGGACAAAUCGUAUAGGUUUAACUUUGAAAGAAAAAAAUUCCGCGCCAUUGGACAUGAGAGGUAAAAAUAAUAACCGCCCUAAUAAAAUUCCUCAAAAUAUUAUAGCUGCUAUAGACAACCAUAUACUGAGCUUUCCCAAGCGCUCAUCACAUUAUAGUAGAGAGAAAAACGAGGGUCAAACUUAUUUAUCGUCUGAUCUGAACAUUUUCAAGAUGCGUAAGUUAUACUUGGAAAAAUAUGAACCAGAUGUUUCUGAAAAACUUAAACGUGGAGAACAAUGUCAUCCAAAGGUUACGUAUGACUUCUACUUCCGACAUUUUCGAGAAAAUUACAAUAUAAGCUUUGGUUCUCCUCGUUCGGAUACCUGUCAAACAUGCGAUAGGUUGGAAAAUUCAAUAGCAGCAGAGCAGGAUCGUGAGGCCAAAGAUGUACUACAGAUAGUAAAAGCAGUACAUAUUAGAAAAGCAGAAGUAUUCUAUACGUCGAUGAAGGAGAAAACCCAGCUUGCCAAGACUGAUGAAACAGUAGAAGUUUUAUUUAAUCAACGUAUCAAAAAUAUUACUCAAGUUAUUCAUCAAUAUCCUGAGCCUGGUCAUAGUUUUUUACCAUGUGACCGCUCUUUUGGCUUAAUCGAAAAAGAGAAAAGAAGAAUAGAACGAGUUUACGUACAUGCGGAAUGGAAAGAAUUAGUAAGAAAAACUAGCAAAAAGUUUCGGGUGAUAGACGUAACUCAGGACCUAAUAAUGGACUUUACCGAGCAUUUUGAACCCAUGUUUAAAGCAACGUUUACUAGCCAGAAAGAAGCAUACCAAGAUUACUACAAGAGUAUAUUCGGGAAAGAACCAGAACAACAACCACCAGAGGAGUUAGUAGAAGCUCAAGAGGAACCUUUAGAAGACGCAUCCCAUGAAUCAGAUUCUUCUUUUAUGUAG